GCGUCAAAAAUUAAACAAACUUGCGAGGACGGUGAAAUUAUAAAUCUAUUUCUAUAACUUUGGAAUAAUAAAUAAUUUGGAAGCAAUGUUGUGGUCGCGCGUUUUGCCUGGCGUGAGGCGCGCAGGCGCUCGGCUCUACGGCGCCUUCCACGACCCGCUGGACCACGUGACCGGCAUCGAGAAGAAGGAACUGCUGGCCCAUCUAGCGGGCAACUGCGACCCCUUCCACAUACUAGCUAUUAAACGAGGGCCAGGCACCCGCGAGCGGCCUAACCUAAUGCCGAGCGCGAACCCGUCGCGGCUGAUGGCGUGCCUGUGCAACGAGCACGUCAUGCACCUGGAGUACAUGUGGCUACACCAGGGCGUGCCCAAGCGCUGCGGCUGCGGCUACUGGUUCGUGCUGUGCCCCGUCGCGCCUUUUGUAUAGAUAUUUAUUGAAAAUAAAAGAAAUAUA